GGUUCUGGGAUCAUCAAAGCUGGUUUUGCAGGCGAUCAGAUUCCAAAGAUCAAUUUCCCAAAUUACAUCGGAAGGCCGAAGCAUGUACGAGUGAUGGCGGGGGCUCUUGAAGGGGACAUGUUCAUUGGACCUAAAGCAGAGGAACAUAGAGGACUUCUGAACCUUAGAUACCCAAUGGAACAUGGUAUAGUAACAGACUGGAAUGAUAUGGAAAGAAUAUGGCAAUAUAUUUACUCAAAAGACCAAUUACAAACAUUUCCGGAAGAGCAUCCUGUUCUACUAACAGAAGCACCACUGAAUCCAAGGAAAAAUCGCGAAAAGGCAGCCGAAAUCUUUUUUGAAACGUUCAAUGUUCCAGCCUUGUUCAUCUCCAUGCAGGCUGUACUUAGUUUAUAUGCAACCGGUCGUACGACAGGAGUAGUGCUUGAUUCAGGUGAUGGAGUGACGCACGCAGUUCCUAUCUAUGAGGGCUUCGCUAUGCCAAACAGCAUCAUGCGCACGGAUAUCGCUGGCCGGGACGUCACACGGUACCUCAGGCUGCUCCUGCGAAAAGAGGGCUACAACUUCCACACAUCUGCUGAGUUGGAGAUAGUCAGGACUAUAAAGGAGAGGUCAUGUUACGUGUCCAUCAACCCACAGAGAGAGGAAACUGUGGACACAGAGAAAGCAACAUAUCUCCUGCCAGAUGGAAACUCUCUAGAUAUUGGACCUGCACGAUUCAGAGCCCCGGAGUUGCUCUUCCGGCCCGACCUCAUCGGCGAAGAGUUUGAGGGGAUUCACGAGGUGCUCACCUACGCCGUGAUGAAGUCGGACAUGGAUCUGCGACGUGUGCUCUACUUCAACAUCGUACUCUCCGGUGGUUCCACGCUCUUCAAAGGUUUUGGUGAUAGAUUAUUAGGUGAAGUAAAAAAACUAGCCCCUAAAGAAAUGAAGAUAAAGAUCUCGGCACCGCAAGAGCGGUUGUACUCGACAUGGCUGGGCGGCUCCAUCCUCGCAUCCCUCGACACCUUCAAGAAGAUGUGGAUCUCGAAGCGCGAGUACGAGGAGAGCGGCGUGCGUGCGGUGCAUCGCAAGACGUUCUAGUGUUGGUCUCGUGGCUGCGUCAAGCUCCCAUAACAUCCUACACACUGUGGUGGCCCAGUGCACGCGUCUGUUGUCAUUAUGAACUCGAUUUACGGCCUACAUGCGCUCGCUGUCGUCGCGAGUGGUUGGCCCAUGUGUACAGCCCAAUUUAUUUAAUUUUUCUGUACGUUCCUGCAUGUUUCUACACGGUUACACUGCGUGCAUGAGAAAUGCUCUGUAGAAAACGUUUAGCAGUUGCAGUGAGCCAGCUAGCUAGGGUAGCAGAAUAACCACUGUUCGAGGAUCGUAAGUCCUAGUGGUAGCCCUGUAUAAAAUGUGAUGAGUGAGCGACAGUGGUGAGUUUAUUACGUUAGCUGGUGAAGAAUUUAAAUAAUAGAAAUUGAAGUACAAACAUAUUUCGUAACCUAGUCAUUUGGUCUGAUUAACACAUUUAUGUAAACAAGCCAGUCAGAGGCAUGCAGUAUGAAUUCAUAAGUUCAUAUGAUACCGGUUGGAAGUGGCUGUAGCUUUCAUUGGUGUCUAAAAUAAUUACUUCUGCAUCCCACGUCUUAGUUUUGACUUUAAGACACCAACAAGUAGCCCUGCAUAUAUAUAAUUGAAUAUAUAUAUAUAUACCUUCGUGGUGGAGGCUGGUGAUGCAUGCUGCAGUGACUUGAAUAAAUGCUGAAAUAUGAAUUGGCCCUUGAUAAUAUUUCAGUUGCAUUAUAUUCAUUUAUGCAAUCUCAUAAAUAUAUAUCGUGUACAUUGUGAGUAUAUACAGUCAGAUUAUCAAGCAUAAAAAUCUGUUUAGGAAUCUAAUGGGCUGUGUGUAACUCCCGACCCAUAAUGAGAACCCCACACGACCCAGUAAAGAAAAAAUCGCACAGUGGCCAAAUGAUAUGCCUCCCCCCCCCCAGAAGAUGCAAGGUUAUACAUUAUGUAUGCUUUGCGACAGGAACACAUUCGGGCUAUAACUCCUAAUAUAAUUGCUAUUAUCUGAUAGUACGUGGUCAUACGCGUCAGCUGUAGUGCGAUCCACUGGACCACCAUUUGCUAAUGCAAUGGAAACUGCAGCAAGUGCAGUGAUAGGUGAUUGGUCAUACUCUAGUGAUAUUAGAAGAGUGGGGAAGAGGCAUUGACAGUUGUUGAGGAAUGGGCAUUCAGUAAUGUUGGUUUGGUGUUGUAGUGAGGGCUACCGUGACAGUGCGUCGGACAAACGUGGUUUUUCGAAAACACGUUGCUAACAUGCAUGGUACGAAAGGUGAUAUGCUUAGCAGGCUCUUCCCGUUUUAAGGUUAAAUGGCAUUCCCAUCAUUGAAAGUGUAUGCAUGAAAAGUUUCGUUCCUAUAAACUUGAAAAUGCAUUUCUCUGUAAUUUUCACAACUCAGUAUUUACAGGAGUACAUUAUUAUUGGGCUUGUAAGUGACAUGUUGAGCAUUGAUGAAAUAUAGAAGCAUGACACUAUUUGUGGCCAGUUUGAUGUUAUAUAAAAAACAGGUACUCCACUACCGUUGGACACUUUCAAGUGCUGUUCAAAAUCUCUUUACAAGGUCACACUAAAUUGUACCUGCUGUUUUCAGGCUUACGCUCCAUUAGGAGUGUUCCCAACUUUGAUAUCAUUAAUGAUUAAUGAUUGAUAAUCCUAACCCUAACAUAACCCUAACCAUUAAUGACAUUAAAGUUUGGAACACUCCUAAUGGAGUACCGGUAUCACCCUGUUUUGAGCUCACUCGCACAAGCAAUGGUUAUGCUCGUUAACAAUAAGCAAUGCUUUCUAUCCACAUCGACUCUUCACUUGAAACCGAUUCCAUACAAUUUGCUUUUCGAUGUUAAUAGGGUAUUAAAAUUGUGAAAAUGUACAGAAAUACCACACGUGGGUUUGAAUUUUGAGUUUUCUAAAGGUAUUCUAUAGAAAUGACUACUGUGAAAUGUUUCAGUUGAAAACCUAGGUAGCAUCGUAGGGAAGAAAGUGCUUGCGUCUGGUACGCUGCAUUGCUGUGUGGUAUCAUGAAGAAACCAAGAUGUACAACAGACACUGCAUGGGUGAUUUUAAUACUGUCCCCGAAAUAUUACAGGAGGACAUAUUGCUUAUAAUAUACUUUGAGUAAUUAAGCUGGUGUAGUAUCAAUUGAAUUUUGUAUUUAUUUUUAACCUUGCAACGUAUACAUAUACUGGUUGUGCUAUAGAUUUUGUAAUUAUUACUCGUGUGACAAUGUUACGCAUGUACACAUGAAAAGAUUUUUGAGGGUAAAUGUGAUGGUUCUCAGGUCAAGACUGAAACUGCAUUUGUCAAACUGACAAAUCGGUCUCAAAUCUAGAUUUAAAUGGUGACAGAUAUCUACACGGAUACGGCGUGCAACCAUCUAUAUAGCACAUUCUUUUAAUUUCGUUCAUGUGUACAUUACGUAAGGGUUUUUUUCUGUCCUAUGAACGCACAUGAUUAUCAUUAUACCAGCAAAUUGACAAAUAUCUUGAGAUGCUUAGUAAAAACGCCUUAGAGUAAGAAGUGAUCGUGGGUACGUUGUUUGCAUAAGUAACCUUUGUUUUCAAAUGUUUCACCAUUAUUCAGAUUAUGGGAUAAAAUUUAGGUACCACUAUAUUUCCGACACGACAAUAAGAAAGUCACACCAGCACAUUUUGCGUGAGUACCUUCAUGUUGUUAUCACAUCGUGUCAAUAACAUCAUUGUGCAGAGAAUCUGUGGAAAACGUGCUCAUGAAUUUUGUCACAAGUAUCUCAUGAUGUCACUCGUCAUCAAGCCACCGUUUGGUCAUGUGGAAUCAUCGGCAAUUUAUAAUAGUAACCCCGGAGCUUGGACCAUUGGCGCUUACCAAACUUGCUUAUAGUAUAGAGUACAAAACUCUGAUCAUUCGUGAGUUACAUGUGUCAGUCGAGUAUAAUUAAACGUACAUAUGUAUUACCAGGCGUACAUAACAGCGAAUUUUUCUUAAUAAUUCUUUAUUAUGUACUCAUGGUGUUGUGUAUGUAUGUGUGUGUAUGUAUUGGUAUAUCCAUAUUUCCAUGCUGAAUACACUGGAACAUCAAAAAUGUUAGUGAAUGAUCUUUGUCACAGUCCAGCAUCAUGGGGAAGUGUUCCUCAUGCAAAUAAAUCUUCAUUGUAAUAUUAAAA